GUGGAGGAUUGAAGCUUCUGUGACCGGAGGCAGAGCUGAUAGGACUUCACUCUUCGUAUCGUCGCUGCUGCUGUUCUGUGUGCGCUUGAACGUACUUUUCAGCCGCUUCACAGGAAACAUAGGGAUCUUUGUCUCCACUCCUGGUAGUAGUGUUAGUCCACAAAUCCGCAAACAACAGGGAGCAGCCAUGCCUUUCGGAAACACGCACAACCAGCUGAAGAUGAAGUUCACCUCAGAGCAGGAGUAUCCAGACCUGAGCCAACACAACAACCACAUGGCCAAGAUCCUGACUCCAGAAAUGUACGAACAACUGAGGAGCAAACAGACCCCCAGUGGAUUCACCCUGGAUGAUGUCAUCCAGACUGGGGUAGAUAAUCCAGGCCACCCCUUCAUUAUGACCGUGGGCUGCGUGGCUGGGGACGAGGAGACGUACGAAGUCUUCAAGGAGCUGCUGGACCCCGUGAUCGAGGAUCGUCAUGGAGGCUACAAACCUACAGACAAGCACAAGACCGACCUCAACCCGGACAACCUGCAGGGGGGUGAUGACCUUGACCCUAACUACGUCCUGAGUUCCCGUGUGCGAACAGGACGCAGCGUCCGUGGCUUCUGUCUGCCACCACACUGCAGCCGAGGAGAGAGACGUGCAGUGGAGACUCUGUCCAUUGAAGCUCUGGCUUCUCUGAGUGGAGACCUUAACGGGAAAUACUACGCUCUGAAGAACAUGACAGACGCUGAGCAGCAGCAGCUCAUCGACGACCACUUCCUGUUUGACAAACCGGUGUCUCCUCUGCUGUUGGCCUCUGGAAUGGCCCGGGACUGGCCCGACGCCAGGGGGAUCUGGCACAACGACAACAAGACCUUCCUGGUGUGGGUGAAUGAGGAGGAUCAUCUGCGUGUGAUCUCCAUGCAGAAAGGAGGAAACAUGAAGGAGGUCUUCAACCGCUUCUGUACCGGACUCACCAAGAUCGAGAGUCUGUUUAAGGAGCGAGGACACGCCUUCAUGUGGAACGAACAUCUGGGCUACGUCCUCACCUGUCCAUCUAACCUGGGCACCGGCCUGCGCGCUGGUGUGCACGUGAAGCUGCCCAACAUGAGCAAACACCCAAAGUUCGAGGAGGUUCUGAAGAGGCUCAGGCUGCAAAAACGUGGAACUGGUGGUGUGGACACAGCUGCCGUGGGCGGAGUCUUUGACAUCUCCAACGCUGACAGACUGGGCUUCUCAGAGGUGGAGCUGGUGCAGAUGGUGGUGGAUGGCAUCAAGCUGCUCAUCGAGAUGGAGAAGAGGCUGGAGAGCGGAGAGUCUGUCGACGACCUGAUUCCUGAGCAGAAGUAGAAAAUGAACCAAUCCUGACACAACAACCUCAAAUGUCUCCACCUCCUGCACUCCCACCUCCUGCUACUCCCUCACCUCCACCUCCCCGUGAUCUCCACUGUCUGAGUGAAUGUUUGAGUCCGUAUCACGACAACAUGUUGGGAUUUGUUUAUGUAUUUAAACUGAACUUCCUGUAACUUCCUGUGAGGAUGAAUCUGAAAUAAAAUGAAAAACCUGGUUGAAGUUCA